CUGGGUUGGUACGCGGCGACAUGCCGUACUAGUAACCGCACUGGCAUGACACUGCAGAGACUCAACCUUCUGGAUCAUCAUUCUCAGUAGUACUUCUGCUGUUCAUGCAGUCGAACACCCGGAAAUCACUACCCGCUCGGCUCUGGGCGGACACUUGAAAGAUUGCGUAUGCGGCGGCGCCCAUCAUAUCAUCACAUUGAGCCGCGUACUGCGUUGCAGUGUGUACAUCGUACAGUAUAUCAGGGUCCUUGAAUCGCACUGCACUGCAACAGGGAAGUCUUUUCCAUCUGUCCCCUGCAGUGAGCAGUACUGAGCCUGCGCCAAAUUUCGUGACUGCGCAGCGCAGCAUUCUAUUCUGAUCUUGCCGCCUACCUCGCUCUCUAUCUAGAAGGCUUUGAUCUAGUCUGGUCUUGUUCGCUGAGCGCAAGCAAGACUCGGAUUAAUUGCGAAGAAUCAGGGAAGCAAUAGCUGAAGCAGACAACCACCCAGGAAGAGUUACCAUCACCAUCGACCAAAAUUGCAUAAUCUUAUCGAUUGAACGUCUACUAUGUCCUAGACCUCUGGGACCAUCACCACACCCGACACCCCGACACCCAGCCCAGCUCAAUUCAACUCAACAACAGUACCUUACUUUCUCCAGCUACUCACUCAACCGACAAUACAGUACAUACCAACUAAUUCCUCUUUCGCUCGAGAACCAGAAAUGGCCAACCAUAACAUCGACGUCGACGCCGAAACCCAAACGACGUCUCAAUCUCACGCUCACGAAUCCUCCCCCCUUCUACCUUCCGACCGCCGCUACCUCACCCGCCUCCACCAAUCUCCCCGCGACUUCAUAGCCUGCCACAUCAUCAAGAUCCACGGCGAAGAGUCGCGCGUCUGGCAGAUCCGACGAUCACUCCAACGUUUUCUCGCAAGCAAAUGGGGCCAUUACUUUGUGAUUUUGCUGGUGGGACUUGACAUCAGCUGCAUCUUUGCCGACUUUUUGAUCUCGCUACAUAUUUGUGAGAAUGCGGGCGACGAAAAAUUCGAUUACAAAGACUGGCAAAAGGCGAAUGAGGCACUGGGAUAUGUGAGCCUCGCGUUUUCGUGUCUGUUCAUGGCGGAAUUGCUGGGGAGUGUUUUUGCUUUUGGGUUUGACUACUUUCGCUCCAAAUUCCACAUCUUUGACGCCCUCGUCAUCAUCGUCGCCUUCGUCAUCGACGUCCUCCUCCGCGGCGGUCCGCUCGAAGAAGCUGGCUCCUUGGUCGUCGUGCUCCGACUCUGGCGAGUGUUCAAGAUUAUUGAAGAGUUUUCCUCGGGCGCGGCCGACGAGGUGGACGAGUUACAGGAGCGCAUUGAGGCGUUGGAACGGGAGAAAGAGGAGAUACUGAAACAGAAUCAACAGUUGAGGUAUCGUGUGGGUUUAAACCGUCGAACUUCCAACAACGAUGGGGAUGAGGAUGGAAAUGCCGCUGAUGGCGGAGCCGUUGCUGGUCGCAUGCCGGUCGGUCCAAGUUGAUGGGUUAGAUUCACCUCGAUGAUUGUGUGACACAAGGUGUCCACCCCCUCCCCUCUUGGACAAGACGUCCGUGUCACAAUAUUCCAAUGUGCAUGUAUACCUAUGUACUGUAUCCAUGCAGUUUUGCGGCCUGCAGUGGCGACAGAGAUGACUAUUACCUUACUUUACACUUCUAUGACAUGCCAGUGCGCCAGUGCAUUGAGGAAAGGCAAUGACUGUUAUGAUCAGAAGGAAACAUAAUGAGAGAUACCUAUACUCCUACUCCGCGACAGUAUCACACGCUGAGCAGCGAAGGCAAAAAAGAGGCUAUACAAAUACCGGUAAUGAUAAGAUGUGAUUCG